AUGAGUUCUUUCUCGAAAGAAUUUGUGAUGACUCAAAAAGUGAAAAAUAUUUCCACUUUGAAAAAGAAGAAGUCCGUCUAACUCCAGAAGAGCAGUAUUUUGGAUUCCCCUGGAGGAUCAAGCUUGCGCGCGAAGGAACCCAACUACAUGUAUUCUUCAGUUUUCUAGCCUCACGUACAACUGACCAAUCUGUACACAUACAAUUCAGUACCAAGUUGAUGAGACCCACUGGUGAAAGCAUAUCGCAAAGCUCAGAAGUUUGCUUGCUGGGCGGCGAGAGACAGAAAUACGGCUUCGGAUUUUGUUUUCCAUGGGAGAAAUUGGUGAAGGAGCUUGUAGUUGAGGAUUGUUUGGUUGUUGAAGUUUGCGCGCACAUCCUCGACACUAGUGGGUUCGAGAAGAAGGAGAAGCUCCGCAACUUUGAUGAAUCUAUGAAGGAGUUUUCGGAUGUUGUGCUGGUGGUGAAGGAUGUUAAGUUUUACGUGCUUAAAACGUACCUCGCUGCCCAGUCCAACUACUUCAAAGCCCUGCUUCUUGGCGACUUCGAAGAAGGAAAAAGCCUCGAAGUCACUCUCAACUCUAUCGAUCCCAACGACUUCCAGAACUUCUUAGAAGUUCUCUACGGCCACCACCAGGCUAUCACAAUGAAACAGUGGGAGGAGUUCUCCACAUUGUGGAUAUGUACGAUUCGAAGAUGGUCACCAAGAACUGCGAGGAUUUCUUGAUCAGAACAGGAGGUUCUAAGAUGACGCUGAAGAAGAAAAUGCAGAUGGCUGACCGAUAUCAGUUGGAGAACUUGAAGAGAACAUGCUACAACAACCUGGAAGUUUGA